AUACCUCGUAACGUCUCACCAGCUGUUGGAGCUGCGUUUGUUUGAAUCAAACGGCAACUGAAGUUCGCUGUAUGCCGUGAGCGUCCCGUGUCCUCGCUUGCCAUGCUUUAAAGUACGCUCGAAACGCUCGGGUUCUUUAAGGGUUCGUGGCGGCGGGACGUUAUAACGGGGCGUAUUAGUCGACUCGUCAGAUUCGUCGUUUUUCUCCCUUUUCGGUAUUGUCUCGGUGGCGGGAGAGGCUAAGUAAUCUCGCCUACGUUAAUUAUCUAUAUCACGUACGUAUUGCGCAAAUACCUAACCAUAGCUAGUGAAACAAUUACUUCGUUGAGGAGCAAAAAGAUCUUGUGAGAACCGAGCAGAGAUAUGGCCACAAUAAGGGUACACGAAGACCAGGAAAAUCGCAUCGCCGCCGACCUGCGUGGUCGCGGCAAGAAUAUCAAUGACACUAUGGCACAGACACAAUCACAAUAUCAGAACAAACGCGCAGUUCUGGGCGUCCUGCAGAAUAAUUGUGUAGGAAAUAUACCUAAAACCCAGGAGGUUUGUAAGGAUGAUAAAUAUAUCAAGAUGAAACCAGUCAUACCAACGCAAUAUGAACCUUUUAAAAUUUAUGAAGACAAGAAAGAUGAGCCAGUUUUUAAAAUUUAUGAGGACAAAUUAGAAGAAGAAACUUCUGUUGUACUUAGGGAUUCAAAGGAGAAAAAAGAAAUAAAAACUAAACAGCAACCAGAAAUACAGAAAUUGGAUAGAGAAGUACCAAGAGUGGAAGAGAAAACUAGUGUUCCGUAUAGUUCAGUGUUUCAUGAUGGCAUAGAUAUCAGUCAGAAAAAAAAUCAAGAUGAUAAACUCUAUUUAUCAGAUAGUCCUAUGUCACUGGAGAAAUUUAGAUACAGUAUUUCCCCUAAAACAGAAGAACGUUUAAGCCGAAGAGACUCUAGAGGAAGUGAUUUCUUUGACAUAGAUGAAUACAGAUCUGACAUAUACAGUUAUUUACGUGAGGCAGAGACUAUACAUAAACCCAAGCCUGGUUAUAUGAAGAAACAACCUGAUAUAACAUAUGCUAUGAGAUCUAUCUUAGUGGAAUGGCUUGUGGAGGUGGUAGAAGAAUAUCGAUUACAGAACGAAACACUAUACUUAGCUGUUUCAUAUAUAGAUCGUUUCCUAUCAUAUAUGAGUGUUGUGAGAGCAAAGUUGCAACUUGUUGGAGCUGCUGCUAUGUUUAUUGCAGCGAAAUAUGAGGAAAUUUAUGCUCCUGAUGUAGGAGAAUUUGUAUAUAUCACAGAUGAUACAUAUACGAAAAAGCAGGUGUUGCGUAUGGAAAAUCUGAUACUGAGAGUGCUGGCUUUUGAUCUGAGUGUACCGACACCUCUUACCUUCCUCAUGGAUUACUGUAUCAGUAACAAUUUAUCAGACAAAAUUAAAUUUUUGGCAAUGUACUUGUGUGAACUGUCAUUGCUCGAGGCGGAUCCAUAUCUCCAAUACUUACCCAGCCACUUAGCAGCUUCUGCACUGGCGCUCUCACGACAUACGUUGCAAGAAGAGGUCUGGCCACACGAGUUGGAACUAUCGACCGGAUAUGAUUUGAAAACUCUUGGAGAAUGUAUCAACAACUUGAAUAGAACCUUUUGUAAUGCUCCUAACAUACAACAGCAGGCGAUACAAGAAAAAUAUAGAAGUAACAAGUAUGGCCAUGUGUCUCUGUUGUUGCCUCGUAGUACCGAGGUGGUAUGCGAGGAUGCAAGUGAGGAAGACGAGGAGGGAAACCCUUAGUAAAAUCCGUCAGACAAAAUGCAGGAUUGAAACGUUAAAAAACAAUUAAGCCUCGUAUUCAAUUGGUGAUUAACGAAGCUACCGUGAAGGUCUUAAAAGUCAUUAAAGUUAUAAAAAAAGUCAGGAAAAAUAUUGAAAGAAAGAAAAAGAGGGAUUAGGGCAAGACUGACCUAUCGAAGUAAUACGAACGAAGAGCAUAUCAUUUUAUCCUUUAGCCUUUCUAAGCUUAAUUAGUUGGUAUGUUGUGCAAGAGCGACCGUACUAGCUCUGCAAGUAUAUAUUUUUCUUAUUUUUUUACUAUAGUAUUUUACAUAUAUAUCCUUGACUGUAUACAUCUUAUGAUGCCAAAUUUUAUCAAACUUUUAAAAAUUUCAUUAUUACAUCGAAUGAAACUUGGGUGACGUUGUCAUGGAAUUGCAUUUAUAUGUUUUUUUUUUUACUUAAGGAUUUUCAUACCGACUCUAAAAUGUCAGAGUGACAUGCAACUAAUUUUGAUUUUCAUUAAGCUCUACUCAUUCCUAAAGAAUAAUAAGUCUAGGCAAAGUGAAACAAAUUCUAUUUAUUAUAUUGUUUUACGGUUGAAUAUGGGCCACCAACCAUAAACGACAUUUUAUACGAGAUGUUAUCCCAUGAAUUUUUAUCGUUUUGAUCAAUUCUCUUCAGUUAAUUCCUUGUACAGUUAUUUAUUUAUGACAUUCUAGGUACCAUGAUUAGCAUCAAAUACUUAGUUUGCUUUAUUGGAGAUACUAUGUCCUCUUAUAUAUCCCCUGUACUGUACUGCGUUGUACAAGAACACUUAUAGACUCUAUACACUGCGAAAUUGUGCUGUUAUAGUUUCGAGCAAAAUUAUUUAUCGGUAAUGUUCUAGGAGAUACAUGUAUCAUCCCCUCUACGUCCAUUUAUGAUGCAUGGACAUUAAUUUUAAAUUGCAGUAAUUAUAUAAAUAAUACAUUUGCGACUAUACGCACAUAUGGUCGUAUCAUUGCACAAUAUGAUUGCUCGUAUUUUUAAUAUGUAACGAAAGACAUACAUGUUCAAGUCGAUAUGCAUGAAAGAAGUAUGUUCAUACGAAUGAAAAUGUAGAUAUAUAAAAAAAAUGGUACGAAAUCAUAUACAUGAUGUCGAAAUCGUUACAUGAUUACAUAUUUUCAAUUCUGCAUUGUAAAUUAUGUUGUCUGUACACAGUCUUUCCAAUCGUCAUAAAGGAAAAAAGAAAAAAAAAGGAAAAAGAUUUAAAUUUCCCGAGGAACAUAUUAACGUUAAGAAAAAUAUAUAAAUUGGUUUUUUCAAGUACGCGCUCACGGAGUAAGAGAAGCUGGGCUAAAUCUCCUCACGUUAGGGGAUUAAGAAUAAUGUAAACAGAUACAAAACUCUAAAGUGGUCCUUUUUGAAACCUUUUCGGUUUUUAUGACGCCGACGUCUUUUUCGCAGCAAGAUUAAAAACAUGAAUGUAUUACGCGAAUGUUUUUUAUAUUAUAUUUUCAUAGGUCUGACUUAGUGCAUAUUGUACCACAUUAUAAAAUAUAAUUACGAGCCAUGGUAUAUAAGAGUGACGACUCAAUCACGCUGCUACCAAUGGGCGAGAAUCCGUUUAAAAAAUUUCUUGUGUAGAAACUUUUAAGAAUCCUAAUUGUAUUCGCGCUGCUGGCUACAGCGCGACUGAGAAUCACUCUUGUCACAUAACUUUAAAACAUCAUUCGGAGCAGUUUCAACAUAACAUUGCGAAAUUGUUAAUUGUUG